AUGGCUUACUCUCACGAUGACGGCUCCUUCUUCGUCGAGUCCGAUGACCAUCACCCGAGAAUCUCUACUCAGGAGACAAUCAAGAUGCUCGCCCGCCAGCGCCAAGAUAUGAUUGCCGGCGAGCUCUCCCGGUUAGCGGCCGACGAGUACCUCGAGGAUAUCAUGCGGCACUUGCGACGGAUGGAGGAAGAGACUCUCCCCGAUGCUUCCCUCAUUGACAUGCAGCGCGAGAUCCAGUGGUUUAUGAGGCCCUACCUCAUCGACUUCCUCAUCGAGGCCCACGCCGCCUUCGCCCUCUUGCCCGAGACCCUGUUCCUCACCGUCAACCUCCUCGACCGGUACUGCUCCAAGCGAGUGGUUUACAAGCAACAUUACCAGCUUGUUGGAUGUGCCGCCCUCCUCAUCGCUGCCAAGUAUGGUGACAAGAAGGAUAGGGUGCCUCAGAUUCACGAGCUUAACAACAUGUGCUGCGGACUCUACGAUGCUGGAAUGUUUACUCAGAUGGAGAUGCAUGUUCUGAACACUCUCGACUGGACCAUAGGACACCCCACUGUCGACCUGUUUGCUCAACUCAUGGUGACGGAGGAGGGAGACGACCAGGAGGUUGAGCACAUGGCUGCCUACCUCUGCGAGAUCGCCCUGUACUACCGCGACUUUGUCUCUACCAAGCCCUCGAUGAUGGCUCGAUCUUCUCUCGCCCUCGCGCGUGCCAUCCUCGCCCGACCCGAAGUCAACGACGGAGAGUGGGAUCACACAGAGAACAUGACGCUGCUGACACUGUCGCACCACCUCCACCAGCCCUCGGCCACCCUCGCCCGCAAGUACUCGACCCCCAGCUACUCUCGAGUGUCUCAGAAGCUCGCCGAGUUCAUGGCUGAGCAGGCCGACCUCGCGCGUCGAGCUGCGAAUCCCACCACACCGCACGCCGAGCCCAUCAACAAGCACACCAGCAACAUCUACAGCACACCCCAAAAAGGCCACAGCGCCACGAUGGGGUUUGAUGGAUACCUGACUCCCCCUAUCACCCCUGAUAGCAACUCAUUAAUGAGCAACAACCACAACAUAGCCAAGGACUGCUACGGCCUGCCCCCUCGGUGCCCGGUAACACCAACCCCUCACCACCACGCCUCGGCGUAUGGGCAACAACAACAAUAUAACGGCUUCGUGAACCAACACGGCAUGAACCAAUAA